GAAUGAUACUGAUGUAGGGAGAUUUAAAUAACUUUAUUGCUUGAAGUAGUCUAUUGGCCAGUAUGUGUUAUGUGUUCCAACCAUAAAACACAACCAUUUUCACAUAAACCAAUUUCUAAAUAACAAUAACUAAAAGGUGAAAGAGAAAAAAUUAUGUAUUAUCUGCAGUAUCAAGGUGUGAGAUUUCAAAAUAAAAUCUGAAAGUUAUUCACAAAAUACUCUGUAUCUAGCCAGUUAUAGAUUAAGGCGCUAAACUCAAUAAGUGUGUAUAAAAUUAUCUAAUAAUAAAAACGAUAUAUAACCACUAUUACUGCAUUUUUCAUGUGUACAGUGUAUAGAAAUGUGCUUUACGCAAUACAGACUGAUAUAUUCUGUGUACAAUAUUUUUCAUAUAUUAUUGAUAGCCUAUUUCAUUCAUUUAACUUUUGUUUGUUCAAGCCAAACGAAAUUUCAACAACCAUAUAUCGUCAGUGAUUUCAAGGAUAUUGAUACGGCAAAAAAAUCUAUGAAAUUAUCACAAAAAGUUAAUAUAUCAAAUUAUUUAUGGUAUUUAUUUCAAAAUCGAAAUCAAAAUUCUCAUCAAAUGCAUAAACCAAUUUUAUAUUAUACUCCUAAAGCAAACACAGAUAAUGAUAGUAUGACAUUGACAGUAUUAAACACUUCAAGUACGUUCAGUGCUAAAACAAAAUUACAGAAUCAUAAUGAUUUUCAGACAUCGGAAAGUGUAAAUAUUUUCAGGAGAAUUAAAGACAAUCAGCAAGACUUAAGACAAGAAUCUUUUUCAAAUCUGAUAACUUUAAAAGAGAUGCUUUAUCAAAGUCAGUUAAAUGCAUUCAGGGAUAAAAUACCUUCAAUUCCAAAUGAACGUCCAUUUCAUAAUCAUGUUUUGUUGAACCACAAUGAGAUGAUGCGCUUACUGGGUAGACAGAAUUUUGACAAUGAAUUCAUGUCAUUUAAUAAACCAUGGGAAGCGAUAAAUUAUCCGUCUGGUAGACUGAUAUCAUCAGAUAUAAUGAAAGAGGGUGGAGAAUUAUUUGAAACUGAAUCAAACCUUCAUAAAGAUAUGAGGUUCAGAAAAUUAACUCCAAAUAACUAUCCAUCGUCUUCAGAUAUUUAUAAUUAUCAUUAUAAAAGAAAAAGGAACAGAAGGAAUAAUCAAGUAGGAUUUAGAAGCAUUCUAAUCCAGAACGCUAUGCGUCGACUGAAGUUGAUACAAAACUUAAGAGAUGAGGAAAGACCUCAAGAAAGACUAGUGUUUUUAGGGUCUGAACGGUCUCAAAUUAGCGAUAAACAGUCAAAAAAGAAUCAGAAACUUCGGCGUUUGCUUCGAGAAUUUUUAAGAGAUUAUACCAGUUGCCCUUUAUAUAACAUGUGGUAUGACUGGGGACCACGAUUUUGGCCACGCUGGAUUAAAGCUGGAAAGUGUGUCAAUUUAGGCAACAUAUCAUGCUCACUACCACCUGGGAUGUACUGUCAUGAAAAAGGCAUUAAAGAUAUAAUAAUACUACGUUACAUUUGCCCAGAAAAAUGGCCAGUGUCUAGCUGUAACUGGUAUCGUAUACACUUGCCAAUUGUAACUGAAUGCAGUUGUGGAUGUACAGAUAAGAUAAAGCACAAACAUAACUCUUGACAAACUGUCAAAUACAUAAUCAUUAUUUUUUAGUUUGUUUUCUUUCAUAUUAUUAUUUAAAUCAUUGUCAUUUCUAGGAAUGCGGAAGUGGUAAGGUGUUCCAUUUCUUUUUGAUACAACCAUAUGGUUGUCUUUUAAUGACUGUUUGUAACUGCC